AUGUCGCUAUUCGGUGCGCAACCGCAACAACAGCAACAACCACAGUCUGGUGGCCUGUUCGGUAACACCGCGAAUAAAGCACCCAGUUUGUUUGGUAAUACACAGCAACCCUCCACUGGGGGUUCGCUUUUCGGUAACACGCAGGGCAAACCGGCCACAGGGACGAGCUUGUUUGGCUCGAAUACGAAUCAACCAUCCAGUGGUACGGGGUUGUUUGGUUCUACAGCAAAUCAAUCACAGCAGCAACAAAUUCCAAGCCUUUUUGGAUCAACUCAGACGCAGAGUAAACCUGCUGGUAGUUUAUUCGGGGGUCAGCAGACGCAAACCCAGCCGCAGUCGACCAGUCUUUUUGGUGCAAGUACUCAGCAGAAGCCAGCAGGCAGCCUGUUUGGAGGAGCUACACAGCAGCCGCAACAGCCAGGAACUAGUCUGUUCGGUGCGACGAACAAUGCACAACAACAAACACAACCGGCGCAACAGCAAUCACUGCUGGGUGGAGGGUCCCUCUUCUCGAAUCAACAGCAGCAAGCUCAGCAAAGUCAACAACAGCCGCAGUUGGGACAAACACUGAAUCAGUCACAGCUAGGAUCUUCGCUAUGGUCACCUGGUCGUGCGAUUACGGGAGGCAAGUUCUCUUUCUACCAGUCAUCACCUUUCCGCACAUAUCUUUACAAUUUUGUCGGCGAGGAUCAGGCGCCCUUUUACCAGCCUGGACCGGAGGAUGAUGCAACGAAAUGGGAGGAAGCAUUGAAAUCUCGGCCAGGCCCUGGCUAUGUCCCAGUCCUCGUGAAAGGAUUUUGGGAGCUAGGAAAGCGUGCUCAGCGACAGAAAGAUUUUCUUACCAUGAUGCAAAGCCGUCUACACGAGAUCAACCAGUGCUUAACGGACCUCCUUUCUCGGCAUGAUUUAAAGAUUUCUGUGAGGAUUGCCGAUUGCCGACGGAAACACCUUGUUUUAAGUCAGCGCUGUCUUUCUCUUGCCGCGAAAACUCAAAUCCUGCGGAAUCGCGGUUAUGCCAUGGAUGAUGCCGAAGAAGAACUCAAGAAGAAACUAGUCCAACUUGAACGAUCCAUCUUCGAUCCCUCCAUAACUGGAAGAGCUGAAGAAAUCUGGGCAAGAAUGCUUGCUAUUCGUGAACACUCGAGACGCCUAGCUGCAGAAAUAGACAGAUCUGCAUCUACUAAAGCAACCAAUGGGGAGGAGUCGCUUGACGAGAAUGUCAUCAAAACAGCCAAGAAGAUUCUUGAAGACUACGCCGCUCAAAUCCAACACUUGCAGAAGGAAUUGGUGUCCAUACGCAAAGAAUUGGAUGAGGCGCAGGCUAUUGCUGGUACAAAUAGCCAGUAG